UUCUUCUUCGCUGUGGUGCUUGUAGCCCUAGCGAUUGAUGCCUUCUUCCUCUUCCGCGCAAGCAAAGGCACAGGUAGCCAGCCCAGGAUGGGUAGUCCCCACCCGACUGACACCGCUGAACAACCGGAGCCGUUUAAGAUGGAAAUCUAGUAAGACCUUCUGCUGUUGA